AUGCGGUGCGCGAGCAAGGCCGCCGAGAGCGCGUCCGCACGUCUAUGUGCGGACGCCGAAGCAGAAACCGCAGCAACUGAUGUCUCAUCGGUUGCUGAAGCGACUCAGCCUGUGUCACCUGGUGAUGCAGGCGCUCGUCAUGAAGACACUCAUGUCUUCACAGAGCUCGGUGUCUCAUACUCUCCUGAUACGGAAGACGGAUCCGUAUCGACGGCGAUCGAAUCGAAGCCGCCGGCCAAGCGUGGCAUGGAUGAUUCUAUGCGUCGUAGCAUCUUUGGUUCAUCUGAUGAAUCAGAUGAACCAUCGCCGAAGCGAAGGCUCUCGAAGUCACAAUAUGCGGGUGCUCACAGUGGUGUCGGUUCUCCUAUUGACACCACUUCGCAACGAGGUGCCAGUACUUCUGUCGGCACGUCGCAAGAAGAGCGGGGCCGCAGUGUGUUGCGUCUCGCUCCCGAGAAGAAGGCAUGGAUGCCUCCCAAAUCCGUCAUGGAUCACUUGUCGGCGACGACGAGUGAUCGUUAUCGAACACGAUUGUUCGAUUCGUCAAGGAUCCAUCACCUUGACCCCAUUGUGAAAAACUAUCGCGCUGAGAAUGAUUUCUUCAUCGAUGCUUUCUUAAACAUCGAUGGUACAGUGGGAAUCACAAACGUGAUGGUCCCUCACUGCUUCAAGCGUGGAACGCUUACAUCCAUAACCUUGAGGAUGUAG